AACUUCAUGCAGAGCUGAAGCAGGUGUUAAGCCAGAAGAGAAGUCAUCUGAGAGAGUCGACCUGCCAACUGGCUCAACCAGAGAUGGACUCAGAGCCCACAGACGAACAGACAUGUGUAGAGGAAGCAACUCAGUCCGUGGAAAUCGUGGUGGAGACAGAGGCGGAGGCUGGAGCCAGUGGCUACAGUGUGACCGGUGGAGGACAACGAGGGAUCUUUGUUAAAGACGUGCUCAGAGACUCACCAGCUGCUAAACAUCUCAGUCUACAGGAAGGUGAUCAACUGCUGAGUGCAAAGGUCUACUUCGACAACGUGAAGUAUGAAGACGCUCUGAAGAUCCUCCAGUGUGCGGAGCCAUAUAAGGUCAGCUUCCAGCUGAAGAGGACGAUUCCUGGAGCAGAGGUCAGCAUGCGGCCUCGAGUGCCCAGUGUGGAGGUCAAAGGUCCCAAAGCCAAGCUGGCCAAAAUGAGUGUGAAGGGCAGCAAGCCAUUCAAGGUCAAGAAGAAGAGAGGUGGACGCUUUGGUCUGAAGAGGCUGAAGGAGAAACGCAGAGAGGAGCUUGUGAUAGAGGGAACACCCCCCAGGCUGGAGAUGAGUGACGUAGAUGUGGAGUUUUCUCUCCCAAAAUUCAAACAGAGGAGGAGCGUGAAGGUCGAAGCUGGAGGAGCCGGAGGAGCAGCAGCCGUGGGGAAGGCAAAGAGGAGGAUCAGGUUUCCCCACAUGAAAACAAAGGGUUACACUGGAGAAGACACAGGAGGAAAAGUGGACAGAGGACGACUCGAGGGACAGGUGAAUAUAUCUCCACCUGAGAUACCUGAAGCUAAAGUGAAAACCAAGGGAAAAGGACACAAGUUUGGAAUCACCUUACCUAAGACCAAACAGACAAAGUCAGACUCAGCUUUGGAAACUGGAUCUGUGGAGAUGAAGCCUCCGGGUGUGAACAUUCAGCCACCGUCAGUGGAGUUCAGUUUGUCUGGUGAUAAAAACGUGGACAUGGGAAAGGGAGGGGUUAAGCUUAACACGCCAGAUGUUGAGUUUGUACUCCCUUCAGGAAAAGUUGAGGCAUCCUUUCCCCAUGGAAAAGCCGAAAUCAAAGCCCCUAAACUUGACAUCAAAGGAGGAGCUGAUGCAGAGGUAACUGUGGAAAAAGGUGAUGUAGACAUAGGCAAAGGAGAUGCAAAAUUAAGAAUGCCAAAGUUGAAACUGCCCAAAGUUAGACUCUCACGUCAUUCUGAUGAGAUAGAUGGUGACAUCAAGGUGAAAGCCAAAGGAAUUAAAGUGCCUCAUACUGACAUAACACCUCCAGAAGCAGAAAUCAAAGGAAGCAAUGUUAUUAGUUUCCCAGAGGCAAAUAUCACCAAACCAAAGAUGGAAGUUGAUCUCUCAGGACAAGCUACAUCUACUCAGAUGCCUUCUGUUGAUAUUUCUCUACCAAAAGUUAAAGGAAAGACUGACAUCGACAUAGCACUUCCAGAGUACAAAGGAGCUGGGAAGAUGGCAAUCAGAAUGCCUGCCAUUGACAUCUCUGUGCCUGAUAUCGAUUUGGAAUUAGACACCAAACACAGAGUUCCUGAUGAGAUAGAGGGCACUUUUAAAGGGCCGAAAAUCUCCAUGCCAAAGGUUGAUAUCUCAUUGCCAAAGGCGGGAUCAUCCAAUGUGGACAUCGAAGGUGGAGGGAAAUUCAGUCUACCUUCUGCUGACAUCUCUCUCCGGAAGGGGAAAACAGACAGUGGAGAUAUGGAUAUGGGCCACUAUGUUGGUGGAGAUGGGAAGUUCAAAAUGCCUGAGUUUGACAUAUCUCCUCCAAAAAUUAAGCCACCAAAAGGAGAAGUAAAUAUCAAAGGAGAAGGCUUCACAUUACCCAAAGUAGACUUGACACUUCCCAAAGGCAAAGCAGGAAUGACUGAUAUUGAAGGAGGUGGAAAAUUUGACAUCUCUGUCUCUAAAAUGAAAACAGGUGAGGUGGAGGUCAACAUUGAAGGCCCUGAAGUGAGAGGUGGUAAAUGUGAAAUGCCCUCACUUGACAUUUCUCUGCCCAAAGGCAAAAUGGAAGGAGACAUUGAAGCAGAAGGGCAUGCUGGGAGGGCAGGAAAAUUCAAAAUGCCCUCAGUCGAUGUCAGACUCCCUAAGAUGGGGAUAUCUGGGGCUGAGGUUGACUUCCAAGGACCUGAGAUAAAAGGAGGGACAAUUGAGAUGCCAUCAGUAGACAUUUCUCUUCCAAAAAGUAAAUCCAAGGGUGAGGUUGACAUCGAGGGAAAGGGAGGCAAGUUUAAUAUGCCUUCAUAUGAUUUAACUCUUCCAAAAAUGAAGACACCACAGGGAGAGGUUGUUUUGGAGGGAGCUGAAAUCAAGGGCGGAAAGAUCAAGAUGCCAACUGUCGAUUUCUCUGCUCCCCAAGGAAACGUUGGGGGAGAUGUGAACAUUGGGGGUGGUGAAUUAAAAAGAGGCAAAUUCAGCAUGCCCUCUGUGGACAUUUCUCUCCCAAAAACGAAGCUACCUGAAGGAGAUGUGUAUCUAGAAUACCCUGAACUUCCAGAUGUUUCAUUUUCACUCCCCAAGGCAAACACUGAGGGAAACAUGGAGCUCAAGGGUGGUGGUGGUGACGGAGCCAAGUUCAAGAUGCCAACUUUUGACAUCUCACUCCCAAAGAUGAAAACUAAGGAGGGAGAGGUUGAUAUUGAAGGACCAGAAGUCAAAGGAGGAGCAAAGUUCAGCAUGCCAUCUUUAGAUGUGUCACUACCAAAGAUCAAAUCACAGGGAACUGACAUAGACAUUGAAGGUCCUAAGUUUAAGGUUAACACACCAGAGGCAGAUUUAGACCUAACGGGAAGUGAGAUUAAGGGAGGGAAAAUAAACAUGCCUACCGUUGAUAUCUCUCUUCUAAAAGGAAAAGCAGAGGGUAAUGUAGACAUUGAAGGACCCACAGCUAAAGGAGGCAAGUUGAAGAUGCCUACAUUUGAUGUAUCACUACCAAAGAUGAAGAUGCCCGAAAGAAAUAUUGGCCUUGAGGGACCCUCAGUUGAUAUUUCUCUUCCAAAGGGGAAAGUAGAAGGUGACAUAGAAACUAAAUGUAAAGAAGGACAUUUCCACAUGCCCCUGGUUGAUGUUUCUCUCCCUAAAAUAAAAUCAAAGCAAGGGGAUGUCAACAUCAAGGAGCCAGAGAUUAAAAUGCCAACUAUUGACAUAUCACCCCCUCAAGGAACAUUAGAGGGAGAUAUCAAUGUCGAGGGUGAAGCAAAAGGAGGCAUAUUCAGCCUACCGUCUGUAGACAUCGCCCACCCUCCAGUAAAAUUCCCUGAAGGAGAUGUGAAUUUUCAAGGGCCAAAAGUCAAAGGUGGGAAAUUUGAAAUGCCAAAAAUCAACUUGUCACUUCCUAAAGGUAAAGCACAGGGAGACAUUGAUAUUGACCUUCACUCUGGAAAAGAUGGGAGUAUACAAAUAUCAGCCUGUGAUGUUGGACUUCCUAAAGGAACACUUAAAGGUCCUGAAAUUAAAGGAGGAAAAAUAAACAUGCCAGACAUUGACCUAUCACUUCCCAAAGGAAGGGGUGAUUCUGACUUCAGUAUACAGGGUCCUAAGGUAAAAGGAGGAAAAUUCAAAAUGCCAAGAUUUGACAUCUCACUUCCAAAGAGGAACCUGCCAGAGAGCAACAUCAAAGUGGAAGGACCCGAGAUUAAAGGGAAAAUGGAAAUGCCAACUGUUGAUAUUUCACUCCCAAAAGGAAAAAUAGAGGGAGAUAAUGAAAUUGAAGGAUGUGGUGGUAAAGACGGCAAGUUUCACAUGCCUUCAAUCACACUUCCUAACAUCAAAACAAAGAGAGUUGAUGUUGAUAUUCAAGGACCUGAACUCAAAGGUGACAUGUCACUCCCUAAAAUUAAGUCUCCUGAGGUAGAUAUAACCCUUAAGGGUCCUGAUGUUGAAGGAGGAAAGUUUAACUUGCCCACUGUUGAUAUUUCACUCCCCAAAGGAAAAGUUGAAGGUGACCUUGAUGUUGAGGGUCCUGAGGUGAAAGGAGUUAAAUUUGAAAUGCCAAAGUUUGAUGUCCUGUUGCCAAAAGUGAAUUUACCAGAGGAUGAUAUCAAAAUAAAAAGCCAAGACAUGAAGGGAGGAAAAAUUGAGAUGCCAGAUAUUGAUAUUUCACUCCCUAAAGGAAAAGCAAGAGGAGAAACUGACAUCAAAGGACCUGCUGGUAAAGGAGGCAAGUUCCAUAUGCCCUCUGUUAACAUCUCUCUUCCCAAAAUGAAAGCAAAGGGACCGGAGGUCAACAUAAAAGGUCCUGAACUUAAUGAAGGAAAAAUCAACAUGCCAGACAUUGACUUGUCUCUCCCCAAAGGAAAAGUUGAAGGUGACCUUGAUGUUGAAAGUCAUGAAAUGAAGGAGGGUAAAAUCAAAAUGCCAAAAUUUGAUGUCUCAUUGCCAAAAGUGAAUCUCCCAGAGGGUGGUGUCAAUAUAAAAGGCCCAGACAUGAAGGGAGGAAAAACUGAAAUGCCAGACAUUGAUAUUUCACUCCCUAAAGGAGGAGAAAUUGAAAUUGAGGGACAUGUUGGCAAAGGAGGCAAGUUCCAUAUGCCCUCUGUUGAUAUCUCUCUUCCUAAAAUGAAAGCAAAAGGACCACAGAUAAAUAUUGAAGGCCCUGAAGUUAAAGGUGGAAAGCUAAACAUGCCCUCAGUUGAUGCUUCUUUGCCCCAAAUAAAAUCUCCCAAUGUAGAUAUUAGCCUCAAAGGUCCUGAUCUUAAAGGAGGAAAGGUCAACAUCCCAACUGUUGACAUUUCACUUCCUAAAGGAAAAGUUGAGGGUGACAUAAAUGUUGAAGGCCCUGAGGUGAAAGGAGGAAAAUUCAAAAUGCCGCAUUUUGAUGUUUCAUUACCAAAAGUUAGUCUCCCACAAGGUGAUGCCAAUGUGGAAGGACCAAAUGUGAAAGGAAAAACUGAAAUGCCAGGUGUUGAUAUUUCACUUCCAAAAGGAAAAGCAGAUGUGGAUAUUGACAUUGAUGGGCACAGUGGUAAAGGAGACAAGUUUCACAUGCCAUCAGUUGAUAUCUCUCUUCCUAAAAUCAAAACAAAGGGAGCUGAUGUUGAUAUUCAAGGACCUGAUAUCGAAGGUGACAUGUCACUCCCUAAAAUUAAGACUCCAGAGAUAGAUAUCAGUCUUAAGGGUCCUGAUGUCAAAGGGGGAAAGUGGAACUUGCCAUCUGUUGACAUUUCACUCCCCAAAGUAAAGGCUGAAGGUGAUCUUGAUGUUGAGGGUCCUGAGGUGAAGGGGGGUAAAAUUAAAAUGCCAAAAUUUAAUGUGUCUUUACCAAAAGUGAGUCUCCCAGAGGAUGAUGUCAAAAUAAGAGGCCCAGACAUCAAGGGAGGGAAGAUUGAGAUUCCAGAUAUUGACUUGUCGCUCCCAAAAGGAAAAGGAGAUGGUGACUUCAGUGUUGAGGGUCCUGAGAUAAAAGGAGGCAAAUUCAAAAUGCCCAAAUUUGAUGUUUCACUUCCAAAGAUGAACCUACCAGAAGGUAAUGUGGACAUACCAACAGUUGAUAUUUCACUCCCAAAAGGAAAGGUAAAAGGAGAUAUUGACAUUGAGGGACACGGUGGCAAAGGAGCCAAGUUACACAUGCCCUCAGUUAAUAUCUCUCUUCCUAAAACAAAAGCAAAGGGAAUUGAUGUUGAUAUUGAAGGACCUGAAAUUAAAGGUGACAUUUCACUCCCCAAAGGAAAAGUUGAGGGUGACCUUGAUGUUGAGGUACCUGAGGUGAAGGGAGGUAAAUUUAAAAUGCCGAAAUUUGAUGUCUCAUUGCCAAAAGUGAGUCUACCAGAGGGUGAUAUCAAAAUAAAAAGCCCAGACAUGAAGGGAGGAAAAACUGAAAUGCCAGACAUUGAUAUUUCACUCCCUAAAGGAAAAGCAAGAGGAGAAAUUGGAAUUGAGGGACAUGUUGGCAAAGGAGGCAAGUUCCAUAUGCCCUCUGUUGAUAUCGCUCUUCCUAAAAUGAAAGCAAAGGGACCUCAGAUAAAUAUCGAAGGCCCAGAGGUUAAAGGCGGCAAGCUAAACAUGCCAUCAGUUGAUAUUUCUUUGCCCAUAAAAUCUCCCGAUGUAGACAUCAGCCUCAAAGGUCCCGGUGUUAAAGGAGGAGAGGUCAACAUCCCUACUGUUGACAUUUUACUUCCUAAAGGAAAAGUUGAGGGUGACAUAAAUGUUGAAGGCCCUGAGGUGAAAGGAGGAGGAAAAUUCAAAAUGCCGCAGUUUGAUGUUUCUUUACCAAAGUAAGUGGUGAGUCUCUCAAAGGUUGAUGCCAAUGUGGAAGGACCAGAUAUGAAAGGAAAAAUGGAAAUGCCUACUGUUGAUAUUUCACUUCCAAAAGGAAAAAUAGAAGAAGGAGAUAUUAACAUUGAUGGGCACAGUGGUAAUAGCAGCAAGUUUCACAUGCCCUCACUUGACAUCUCUCUGCUUAAAAUCAAACCAAAGGGAGUUGACAUUGAUGUUCAGAGACCUGAAGUCAAAGGUGAAGUAUCACUUCCUAAAAUUAAGUCUCCAGAGGUAGAUAUCAGCCUCAAGGGUCCUGAUGUCAAAGGGGGAACGUUUAACUUGCCAACGGUUGACAUUUCACUCCCCAAAGGAAAAGUUGAAGGUGACCUUGAUAUUGAGGGUCCUGAGGUGAAGGGGGGUAAAAUCAAAAUGCCGAAAUUUGAUGUGUCUUUACCAAAAGUGAGUCUCCCAGAGGGUGAUUUCAAAAUAAAAGGACCAGACAUCAAAGGAGGGAAGAUUGGGGUGCCAGAUAUUGAUAUUUCACUCCCCAAAGAAAAAGCAAGAGGAGAAAUUGACAUAGAAGGACCUGCUGGCAAAGAGGGCAAGUUCCAUAUGCCCUCUGUUGAUAUCUCUCUUCCAAAAAUGAAAGCAAAGGGCAUUGAUGUCAAAAUUGAAGGUCCCGAACUUAAGGGAGGAAAAAUCAGCAUGCCAGACAUCGACUUGUCACUCCCCAAAGUUAAGGCUGACGCAGACUUCAGUAUUGAGGGUCCUGGGGUAAAAGGAGGGAAAUUCAAAUUGCCAAAAUUUGACAUCUCUCUUCCAAAGAUGAACUUGCCAGAGGGAAAUGUCAAAGCAGAAGGACCAGAGAUGAGGGGAGAAAAAGUCACAAUGCCAGCUGUUGACAUUUUAGUUCCAAAAGGAAAAGUGGAGGGAGAUGUCAAUAUUGGAGGUCUAUCUGGAAAGGGAGAGUUUGAUGUGCCAGAGGUUGACCUAUCAGGUAAAAAAGGUGGUCUCCACAUGCCAACUCUUGACAUAAAUAUCCCAAAAUUUGAUCUUGAUCUCAGCCUUCCCACUGGUUUGAAAGACAAAAGCCUCAAAGUGGACACCAGUGCUCCUGAAGCAUCAGGCGAUUUGAAGAUGCCUGGUCUUAAAGGAGAUAUUAAUCCAGUCAAGUUGAAAGUUAAGGGUGCAGACAUGGAGACAAGUGGUGUAGAAGGUCCAGGUGCAUCCCUCAAACUUCCCACUGUCAAAUUACCGACAGUUGACAUAUCAGCUCCAAAAGUGGAUCUGGACUUUGGCCUUGCCAAACCUAAAGGUGACGAAGUGGAAGUGGAGCUUCUGAAAGCAGAGGGAGGCCGGCCCUCUUCAGGUGGCAGCUUUGAUUUACCUGAUGUCUCCCUCAAAGUUCCCAGUUUCUCUCUUCCAAGGUUUGGUGGAAAGUCAAAGAGUGGCGAGGGAGACAUUUCCCUUAGCCCACCACAUGUGGAGGGGGAGGUUAGGGCACCUUCAGUAGAGUUUGAUGGGGAUGGAAAAGUCAAGGUGAAAAAACCUAAAAUCAAAAUGCCCUCAUUUGGUAUAUCAAAAAAGCAUACAGAUGUAUCACUGUCUUGUCCUGAUGUGGAUAUUAAAGUGAAAAAGGAGAAAAUUGACAUUUCUAAACCAGAAGUCAAUGUUGAGAUCCCGGAUGACAAAACAAAAUACAAAGUGAAAUUCCCCAAGUUUAAAAUUAAAUCACCAAAAGGUGAACUCCUAGAGGGAGAGGUUGAUGCUAAACUGAAGGCUGACGCAGAAGCAAAAGGGGGCUUCCAUGCACCUGAUGUCACUAUCAAACUACCAAGGUUCUCCAUGCCGGGAUUUGGUUCUAAAGAAAAAGAUUUAGGUAAACCAAGUGGUUACCUUGAGUCUAAGACCAAGAUUAAGAUGCCUUCUGUCGAGCUUUCACUGCCAGCAGCGAAAACCACAGAAACCGAGGUUCUUCUUCCCAAAGGAGAGGUUGAUGUCUCAGAAGCUGAUAUCAGAGGUUAUGAGGGAAACCUCAAAAUUCCCAAAAUGCCAACAAUUGAUGUUUCCAUUCCCAAAAUAGACCUUGAUGUGUCCCUUCCAAAUAUUAAGCAUGAUGCAAAGGUUGAUGGACAAGGAGGCGAAUUCAAGACACCAGAUAUCCAGAUGCCUGACAUUGACUUAUCCCUUCCUAAAGGAAAAUCAAGUGCCACUGAAGAUAUUGACAUCUCUCUGCCCAAAGGAAAGAUUGAGGGUCCAGAGAUGGAGCUCAAGGGAGAAGGUGGAAAAUUCAAAAUGCCACAUCUCAGCAUGCCCACAGUUAUUUCACUUCCAAGGAAAGAUCGAGGUCCUGAUGUUGACAUAGAAGGAGGUAAAAGAGGAAAAUUCAAAAUGCCUCACAUGAAAAUGCCAGAUGUUGAUAUCUCUCUACCUAAAGGAAAAGUUGGAGGUCCUGAUGUUGAAUUAGAGGGAGGAACAGGAGGAAAAUUCAAAAUGCCUCAUAUGAAAAUGCCCAACAUCAGCGUCUCUCUGCCCAAAGGAAAGAUUGAAGGAAAGAUCGAAGGUCCAGAUGUUGACAUAGAAGGAGGUACAGGAGGAAAAAUCAAAAUGCCUCAUAUGAAAAUGCCCAACAUCAGCAUUUCUCUGCCCAAAGGAAAGAUUGAAGGUCCAGAUGUUGACAUUUCUCUACCGAAGGGAAAGAUUGAAGGUUCAGAUGUUGACAUUUCUCUACCUAAAGGAAAAAUUGAAGGUCCAGAGGUAGAGCUUAAAGGAGAAGGUGGAAAAUUCAAAAUGCCACAUCUCAGCAUGCCCUCUGUUGAUAUUUCAUUGUUCAAAGGGGAGAUUGAGGGCCCAGAUGCUGACAUAGAAGGUGGUGCAGGACAAAAAUUCAAAAUGCCUCAUAUAAAAAUGCCCAACAUCGACAUCUCUCUGCCCAAAGGAAAGGUUGAAGGUCCAGAUGUUGACAUCUCUCUACCCAAAGGAAAGCUUGAGGGUCCAGAGAUUGAGCUUAAAGGAGAAGGUGGAAAAUUUAAAAUUCCACAUCUCAGCAUGCCCCCAGUUGAUAUUUCACUUCCAAAAGGAACGAUCGAAGGUCAAGAUGUUGAAAUAGAGGGAGGUAAAGGAGGGAAAUUCAAAUGGCCUCAUAUUAAAAUGCCUCACAUUGACAUCUCUCUGCCCAAAGGAAAGAUUGAAGGUCCAGAAGCUGAAAUUGAGGGAGGUGCAGGAGGAAAACUCAAAAUACCUCAUAUGAAAAUGCCAGAUGUUGACAUCUCUCUGCCCAAAGGAAAGAUUGAAGGUCCAGAUGUUGACAUUUCUCUACAUACAGGAAAGAUUGAAGGUCCAAAUGUUGACAUAGAAGGAGGUACAGGGGGAAAAUUCAAAAUGCCUCGUAUGAAAAUGCCCAACAUCGAUAUCUCUUUGCCAAAAGGAAAGGUGGAAGGUCCAGAUGUUGACAUCUCUCUACCUAAAGGAAAGGUUGAAGGCCCGGGAGUAGAACUUAAAGGAGAAGGUGGAAAAUUCAAAAUGCCACAUCUCAGCAUGCCCUCAGUUGAUAUUUCACUUCCAAAGGGAAAGAUUGAAGGUCCAGAUGUUGACGCAGAAGGUGGUACAGGGGGGAAAUUCAAAAUGCCUCAUAUGAAAAUGCCCAACAUUGACCUAUCUCUGCCCAAAGGAAAGAUUGAAGGUCCAGAUGUUGACAUUUCUCUACCUAAAGGAAAGAUUGAAGGCCCGGGGGUAGAGCUUAAAGGAGAAGGUGGAAAAUUCCAAAUGCCACAUCUCAGCAUGCCCUCAGUUGAUAUUUCACUUCCAAAGGGAAAGAUUGAAGGUUCAGAUGUUGACAUAGAAGGAGGUACAGGGGGAAAAUUCAAAAUGCCUCGUAUGAAAAUGCCCAACAUCGAUAUCUCUUUGCCAAAAGGAAAGGUGGAAGGUCCAGAUGUUGACAUCUCUCUACCUAAAGGAAAGGUUGAAGGCCCGGGAGUAGAACUUAAAGGAGAAGGUGGAAAAUUCAAAAUGCCACAUCUCAGCAUGCCCUCAGUUGAUAUUUCACUUCCAAAGGGAAAGAUUGAAGGUUCAGAUGUUGACAUAGAAGGUGGUGCAGGAGGAAAAUUCAAAAUGCCUCAUAUGAAAAUGCCCAACAUUGACAUCUCUGCCAAAAGAAAGGUUGAAGGUCCAGAUGUUGACAUCUCUCUACCUAAAGGAAAGAUUGAAGGCCCGGGGGUAGAGCUUAAAGGAGAAGGUGGAAAAUUCCAAAUGCCACAUCUCAGCAUGCCCUCAGUUGAUAUUUCCCUUCCAAAGGGAAAGACUGAAGGUCCAGAUGUUGACAUAGAAGGUGGUAUAGGGGGGAAAUUCAAAAUACCUCAUAUGAAAAUGCCCAACAUCGAUAUCUCUCUGCCCAAAGGAAAGAUUGAGGGUCCAAAGAUUGAGCUUAAAGGAGAAGGUGGAAAAUUCAAAAUGCCACAUAUCAACAUGCCCUCAUUUGAUAUUUCCCUUCCAAAAGGAAAGAUUGAAGGUCCAGAUGUUGACAUAGAAGGUGGGGGAGGAAAAUUCAAAAUGCCUCAUAUGAAAAUGCCCAACAUCGACAUUUCUCUUCCCAAAGGAAAGGUUGAAGGUCCAGAUGUCCUGAUGUUGAAUAGAGGGUGUAAAGGAGGAAAAUUCAAAAUGCCUCAUCUGAAAAUGCCUAACCUUGACAUUUCUCUGCCCAAAGGAAAGGUUGAAGGUCCAGAUCUGAAAGGAGAAGGAGGAAAAUUCAAAAUGCCACAUCUCAGCAUGCCUAACCUUGAUAUUUCCCUGCCCAAAGGAAAGAUCGAAGGUCCAGAUAUUGACAUUUCUCUGCCCAAAGGAAAGACUGAGGGUCCAGAGAUUGAGCUUAAAGGUGGAAAAUUAAAAAUGCCACAUCUCAACAUACCCUCAGUUGAUAUUUCCCUUCCAAAAGGUAAGCUCGAAGGUCCAGAUAUUGAAAUAGAAGGAGGUAAAGGAGGAAAAUUCAAAAUGCCUCAUAUGAAAAUGCCUAAUCUCGACAUCUCUCUGCCCAAAGGAAAGAUUGGGGGUCCAGAGAUUGAGUUUAAAGGAGAAGGUGGAAAGUUCAAAAUGCCACAUCUCAGCAUGCCCUCAGUUGAUAUAUCCCUUCCGAAAGGAAAGAUCGAAGGUCCAGAUGUUGAAAUAGAGGGAGUUACUGGAGGAAAAUUCAAAAUGCCUCACAUGAAAAUGCCAGAUGUUGAUAUCUCUCUACCCAAAGGAAAGAUUGAAGAUCCAGAUGUUGACAUAGAGGGAGGCACAGGAGGAAAAUUCAAAAUGCCUCAUAUGAAAAUGCCUAACAUUGACAUCUCUCUGCCCAAAGGAAAGAUUGAAGGUCCAGAUGUUGACAUUUCUCUACCUAAAGAAAAGAUUGAAGGUCCAGCGGUAGAGCUUAAAGGAGGAGGUGGAAAAUUCACAAUGCCACAUCUCAAUAUGCCCUCAGUUGAUAUUUCCCUUCCAAAAGGAAAGAUUAAAGGUCCAGAUGUUGAAAUAGAGGGAGGUAAAGGCGGAAAAUUCAAAAUGCCUCAUAUGAAAAUGCCUAACCUCGACAUUUCUAUGCCCAAAGGAAAGGUGGAAGGUCCAGAUGUUGACAUCUCUCUGCCCAAAGGAAAUAUUGAGGGUCCAGAGGUUGAGCUUAAAGGAGAGGGUGGAAAAUUCAAAAUGCCACAUCUCAGCAUGCCCUCAGUUGAUAUUUCCCUUCCAAAAGGAAAGAUUGAAGGUCCAGAUAUUGAAACAGAGGGAGGUAAAGGCGGAAAAUUCAAAACGCCUCAAAUGAAAAUGCCUAACCUCGACAUUUCUAUGCCUAAAGGAAAGGUGGAAGGUCCAGAUGUUGACAUCUCUCUGCCCAAAGGAAAGAUUGAGGGUCCACAGAUUGAGUUUAAAGGAGAAGGUGGAAAAUUCAAAAUUCCACAUCUCAGCAUGCCCUCAGUUGAUAUAUCCCUUCCGAAAGGAAAGAUUGAAGGUCCAGAUGUUGAAAUAGAGGGAGUUACUGGAGGAAAAUUCAAAAUGCCUCACAUGAAAAUGCCAGAUGUUGAUAUCUCUCUGCCCAAAGGAAAGAUUGAAGGUCCAGAUGUUGACGUAGAGGGAGGCACAGGAGGAAAAUUCAAAAUGCCUCAUAUGAAAAUGCCCAAUAUAGACAUCUCUCUGCCCAAAGGAAAGAUUGAAGGUCCAGAUGUUGACAUUUCUCUACCUAAAGAAAAGAUUGAAGGUCCAGAGGUAGAGCUUAAAGGAGGAGGUGGAAAAUUCAAAAUGCCACAUUUCAAUAUGCCCUCAGUUGAUAUUUCCCUUCCAAAAGGAAAGAUUGAAGGUCCAGAUAUUGAAACAGAGGGAGGUAAAGGCGGAAAAUUUAAAAUGCCUCAUAUGAAAAUGCCUAACCUCGACAUUUCUAUGCCCAAAGGAAAGGUGGAAGGUCCAGAUGUUGAGCUUAAAGGAGAAGGUGGAAAAUUCAAAAUGCCACAUCUCAGCAUGCCCUCAGUUGAUAUUUCCCUUCCAAAAGGAAAGAUUGAAGGUCCAGAUGUUGAAAUAGAGGAUGGUACUAGAGGAAAAUUCAGAGCACCUCAUAUGAAAAUUCCAGAUGUUGACAUUUCUCUACCAAAAGGAAAGAUUGAAGGUCCAGAUGUUGAAAUAGAGGGAGGCACAGGAGGGAAAUUUAAAAUGCCUCACAUGGAAAUUCCCAACAUCAACAUCUCUCUGCCCAAAGGAAACAUUGAAGGUCCUGAUGUUGAAAUAGAGGGAGGUACUGAGGGCAAGCUCAAAAUGCCACAUUGGAAAAUGCCAGAUUUUGACAUGUCUCUGCCUACAGGAAAAUCUGUCAAAAUUGAAGGAGCAGAGUUUGAGAUUGAGGGAAAGAAACCUAAAAUGCCACAACUGGUAAUGCCCUCAGUGGACGUUUCAAUGCCAAAGGGAAAAACUGAAGGCCCCAAUGUCGAAAUUAAGGGUGAGGGAGGAAAGUUCAAGAUGCCAAAAGUUAACAUAUCUCUUCCUAAAGGACAAUCUUUAAUUGAAGGUCCAGAGGCAGACAUUAAGGGAGAUGGGGGACAAUUCAAGAUGCCUAAUGUGAGUAUAUCUAUCCCUAAAGGAAAAGCAGAUAUUGACAUACCUGAGGGGAAACUGGAGGCAGAGGGAGGAACUAUCAAGCUUCCACAUAUCAAGAUGCCAAAAGUUGAUAUUUCACUCCCUAAAGGUAAAAGUAAAGAUAUUGAUGCACCUGGUAUAGAGAUGGAAGUCCCAGAAGGAAAAGUCAAAGGUCCUCAUGUUAAACUUCCAAAGGGGGGUAUAUCAGUGUCGAAGAAUACAUCAGGUGAAGCAGAGAUCAACCUACCAACCAUUGAGGGGGGAGGGAGAAUUAAAAUGCCACAGGUCACAUCACCAGAUCUGGACAUUGAUACACAGGCUCAUGGGGAAGCUGAUAUGCACGUUGAAGGAGACCACAAAGGUCUAAAACUGAAGAUGCCAACAAUAGAUAUCACAGGUCCGAAGGGAGACCUGGAGCUUGAUUUAGGACUUCAUAGAGGAGAUUGCAAGAAGGACAGGCAAAAAGUUGAACUACCUGACUUGGAUCUGAACACAGCAGGAGGCAGCAAAGUAAAGGGACCUAAAGUCAAAGGAACAAAAUUUAAGAUUGGAAUGCCAAAAAAGAAAACUGGCAUAGAUGUAACAGCAGAAACAAAAAUAUGCAAAAACUGUGGUGAAGUGGAGUUAGGUGGUCAGGACAAACACAGAUGCAAGGGUAUAGAAAGAUUUGAGUACAAGGUUGAAGUUGAAACCCACAACGGACAUAAAGAGAAUAAACAUCGUGUUAACAUCACAGUGCCAGAGGUUACAUUACCAAGUGUUAAAACCAAACAAGGCUCCGCUGAAUUAGGAUCAGGGGGAGAGGGUAGCUUCUUGUCAUCAGGAGCAGAAAUCAAAGUCCCAAAGAUUCCAGACAUAGAGUUUGAUAUUGGUACAUCACAGGAUGAAGACGAGGACAGAACGGAAAAAGACAAGAAAAUCAAAGUCCCUAAGUUUGGUGUCCCAUUACCCUCCAUCUCCUCUCCUGAGGGAAGGAUGAAUAUCUAUGGGCCAGAAAUUCAGUAUGAGGGCCCUAAAAUGCCCAAAGUAAAAAAGGCUGUCUUUGUCUUGGUAAAUCCUCCUCAAACAGAUGAGUCCACUGCAUGCACAGGCCUCCUGGAAGAGCAGACAUCAUUUGAGGCUGAAAAAGAAGACGUCAAAGUCAAGAUGCCAAAAAUUAAAAUGAAGCCAAGCUUUGGGAAGUCCAAAGAUAAAUCAGCUGCUGUAAACACAGAGAAAGAAUGGGAAGGAGAACAGAUGGGAGGGAAGAUGAAAAUGCCCAAAGUGUCAUUUUCUCCUGGUAAAUCAGGGUCGUUUGAUGUCACUCUAAAGGGCGAAGGUUCAAGUUCAAGUCUCAACGGUGAAAAAGAUGCAAGUCCUCACAAAGGCUCCAAGGAUGAUAAAGGGACAUUCAGUGGCAAGAUCAAACUUCCAAAGGUACAGUUAACCUCUCCAUAUGGCAAGAUGCAGGAUACAGAGAGGAGUGUGAAACUGGGAAAGGAUUCAUCACCAGGCAAAGUAGAGGCAUACAAAUCAGGCAAGAUGGCCAGUACCAGUUUUAGUGAGGAGCAUUCAGAAGAUGUCGUGUCAUCUCAUGCCAGAACAGAUAUGCUGGACAGGGAUAGCUCAGAGUCCCCCGCUAGUUUUACUAUGGAGUUCAGCUCCGGAAAAGUCCAGGCUUGGAGCGAGGCCGAGGGCCAAAGCAGAGAGUCUGAAGAAAGAGAGUCUUCCUCCUGGUUCAAGGUCCCUAAGUUCACCCUGAAGCCACACUCUACAGGCUUCCUCCAGAUAACCCCAGAGGGUUCUCCUCAAGCCCAGCGGAGAGGGGAGGUAGGAGGUGAGAUUGACGUCUCGGGAUCUUUCUGCCUCCACACCUCAGGGCUUGACUUCACUACCCAGGAAAUGUCUGAGCAACAAGUCUCCUCCACCGAGGAGGGAACUGUCACCACAGUGACCAAGACCACCAAAAUCACCCGGCACAUGGUUACCACUGAAACGCGAACAGGUGAAUCUUCGCCAACCACGAAAACAGCUCACCAGGUGUCGGACUUCAAAUACUGAGAAUGCUGUAAUGAUAUCUUAAAUGUCUUUUCACUUUUUUGUUUUUCUUUGGUGAGGUUGCAGUGUUCUCAUAUGCUAAGCUUGCAACAUGGCACACCUCCAUUAAGUAAAAGUCUUUAUUUUAUAUUUUGAUAGGUGAGGUAUGAAUGUGAUGCAAAAAAAUGACAUUUUAACAGUCAUUACAAAAGCAACAGAGUAAUAUAUGCUUCCUUUUUUUUCAUUUUAAAUGUAACUAUUUUUGUUACUGUUCUUCAAGUUUUGUUAGUUUAGUCCGAAUUAUUUAUCAGAUUUUGUUUGGUUUUAAAGUUUUCACUCUGAAUGUAAACAUGUCACAGUGCUUUAUUAUUUAUUGUUUGUGUGUUCAAAAUGCGCUGGAAUCAGUCAUUUACUCACAUCAGCAUCAUGGAUUUAAUCAUGAUUAGUUCAAAAUUAUAUAUUUUGAACCUUUACAUUACAGGCCAGAGUAAGACUCAUGUAAAUACAUCUAUUUCAUUGCCAUUUUUGAAGCAGUAUCCCUUUAUUCCAAAAUGUAAUUAUUUUCAUAUUCAUUAGAGUCAAGAGUAGAAAUGACCUGAUAAUUUACUUUGUUUGUCUUGAAGGAAAAGUGUGAGCUUUUUGAGAUUAUAGGUUAUUUGCAUUUUCUGCCAUAGUUUUAUAUUUGAAGCAUUUAGCUGGUGCUGUUACCCAGAGAUAAUCACAGUGAGUGAGCAGGACGCUCUGGACUCUUUUUCUGCUGUUGGGAUCAAACCUGUGACCUUCUGGUUACAAGUUGCUCUCAAACAUUUACUGUAGGCCACCCUGCUGCUAAUCUAUUUUAUAUUUGUUUUUAUUGUACACUGCCAAAAAAAGACACCACUGUAUAUUUUGUGAUAGAGGCUUUAGCUUUAAGAUACUUCAAGAAACUUAGAUGUUGAGUUUCAAAACAGCAGCAGCGAGCUAGAAGCACAUUUGUGGAAUUAGGGGUGCUGUUGGGUGCUUUACGAAAAUCAGAGGAGUUUUAAAGGUAAAACUAUAAAUCUUUUCUCUUGACACAAAAAUAGCCCUCUAAAAUAUUAACACAAUCAGGCUGUUUUGAAAUGGAGGGAGAAAAGCCUUGUGCUGUCUUUUAGAUAUGUAUUUUAUUGUCUCUACAUUGAGACAUUUAAGUUUCAUUCCUAAAUGCAGCACCUACCAUUUGAGAAAAGAAAUGUUAUUAUGAAAUUACUGUUUUUUUGGUAUUAAAUGAAAACUUUUGAAAACUACUGAUUGUAUAAACAACUCUUAGCCAUUAAGAUAACCAUUUCACAGGAUAAAAAUAUCUCUUUCUUCAAAAUGAGCUACUUUUUAGGUGGCUGUAAUGCAUUUAAGAAUGGACACUCUUUACUUAACUUGUUCUACUUUGCUUGGUUGGUAGAUGGAAUGAAAACGUGUGAUAAAAUGUAUGAAGGAAUCCUGACAAACCCACUCCCACACUUUUUUCCAUUAACAACAGUAGUGACAUGUCAGGGUAACACGCACUGAGUAGUACCUAUGUGUAUUGAAAAUUUUUACCUUUAAUCAAGUCUUCGAAUUUCUUCUUGAUUAUAAGGGUUUUAGUGCAAAGUGUUUUGUCAAAGCUGCUUUGGAGAGAAUGUUGGUUAAGAUGUUACAUCAAUAAAAUAGUAUUCACAAAAAAAAAA